GCCCCUCCCGCUCUGGCCCCCAAGCCUGUCAGGCAGCCCUCCUCCCCCUCGUCCUCCUAUCCCUGGCACUGCACUUGGGUGCCCUUGGCCCCGCUUUCCAGUCUUGACCCCAGUCGCCCGAACCCGGUGAUGGUCCUGGGUGAGCAGCUGGUCGUGUGGCGCCACUCCCUCCGCGGCUGGGUGGUGCAGCGGGACGUGUGUCCGCACCGCCUGGCGCCGCUGUCGGAGGGCCGCUUGGAGGCAGCAGGCACUCGACUGGCCUGCGCGUAUCACGGCUGGGAGUUCGACGAGGAGGGCAGCUGCACAAAGGUACCGCAGCUUUCUUCCGACCCCCGGGCUGCCGCCACCGCCCGCUCCAGCCCUCGCUCCUGCGUCACCUCCUACCCCACCCUGGAGCUGGAUGGACUCCUGCUCGUGUGGAUGGACGACAGCAAGGAGGGAAGGCAGCAGGCGAAGAUAACGCCGAAACCCAAGCUGUACGACGAACAGGCCCCAACGGCCGUCGAUUGGGUCAUGAAUGAGAUGCCUUCUGAUUACACGUGA